AUGGCGGAGCGGGAGCGUGGCGGCGGCGGAGGGGGCGGCGGCGGGGGUCUGGAGGCCGGGGCGCUGCCGCCCGACGUGCGCGAGGGCCUGGCUGAGCUGGAGCUGGAGCUGUCGGAGGGUGACAUCACUCAAAAAGGCUACGAGAAGAAGAGGGCCAAGCUGCUGGCACGCUACAUACCGCUCAUUCAAGGUGUAGACCCCUCUCUACAAGCAGAGAACAGAGUCCCAGGGUCCUCGCAAACUCCAGCCACGAGCUCCAAACAGCAAAAGGCACGCUCCGCCAAUGCGAGGGAUGAGCGAUUCCGCUCUGAUGUCCACACCGAAGCCGUACAAGCUGCAUUAGCCAAAUACAAAGAGAGGAAGAUGCCCAUGCCUUCCAAGAGGCGCUCUGUCCUUGCGCACUCCUCUGUCGAGACCUACACCCCUCCAGACACAUCCUCGGCCUCAGAAGAUGAGGGCUCGCUCCGGCGGCAAGGGCGACUCACUUCCACUCCGUUCCAGAGCCAUUCCAACGUAGAACCCUGGCUUCAUCGGGUCAUUCAGGGCUCCUCCACCUCAUCCUCCGCAUCCUCCACUUCAUCCCACCCGGGAGGGAAACCUGCUGCCGCUUCCAAUACAGCUCCCGCCGCCGCCGCUGCCGCCACAGUGCUUGCAGAUCUCAUGGCCCACGCUCAGCUAGAUAACCAUCCUGCACCUCCUGAUGUGACCACUGGCCUUGUAGAACUGCCCCCCCAUGAGCGCCCACAGGUUGCCUCUGUGAGAGGGGUCCCUCGAGGCUAUAGCAGCAGCAUAUUGGAGACAGCUGAUGGUGUUCCAGUGAAUAGCAGAGUGUCUUCAAAAAUUCAACAGCUUUUAAAUACCUUAAAGAGACCAAAGCGCCCUCCUUUGAAGGAAUUCUUUGUGGAUGAUUUUGAAGAACUGUUGGAAGUCCACCAGCCAGAUCCCAAUCAGCCCAAGCCUGAGGGAAGUCAGAUGACCGUGCUCCAAGGGGAGCCAUUAGGUGUGGUUUCCAACUGGCCUCCAUCCCUCCUGGCAGCCCUGCAGCGUUGGGGCACAACUCAGCCCAAAGCCCCCUGUCUCACAGCCUUGGAUACCACUGGGAAAGCCAUCUACACCCUCACUUAUGGCAAACUUUGGAGUCGAAGUGUAAAGUUGGCAUACACCCUCCUUAACAAGCUCACCAGUAAGAAUGAGCCCUUGCUUAAACCUGGAGACCGAGUGGCUCUCGUCUUCCCGAAUAGUGACCCUGUGAUGUUCAUGGUGGCAUUCUAUGGGUGCCUCCUGGCAGAACUUAUCCCUGUGCCAAUAGAAGUGCCAUUAACGAGGAAGGAUGCUGGGAGCCAACAGAUUGGCUUUCUCUUGGGCAGUUGUGGGGUGACACUGGCCCUGACCACCGACGCUUGUCAGAAGGGGUUGCCCAAGGCACCAACGGGAGAAGUGGCCACAUUCAAAGGCUGGCCUCGCCUAGUUUGGUUUGUGAUAGAUGGGAAGCAUUUGGCAAAACCGUCCAAGGAUUGGCAUCCCUCAGUGCGGGAUGCCAGUGCUGACACCGCUUACAUCGAGUAUAAGACGAGCAAGGAGGGCAGCACGGUCGGGAUCACCAUAUCGCAUGCCUCCAUGUUAGCUCAGUGUCACGCGCUAACCCAAGCCUGCAGUUACUCAGAAGCGGAAACUUUAACCAAUGUGCUGGACUUCAAAAGGGAUGCUGGCCUGUGGCAUGGAGUCCUGACUAGUGUCAUGAACCGAAUGCACGUUGUCAGUAUUCCUUAUGCCCUCAUGAAAGUGAAUCCCCUUUCGUGGAUCCAGAAAGUGUGCUCAUAUAAAGCCCGGGUGGCGUUAGUCAAAUCCCGAGACAUGCACUGGUCUCUCCUGGCCCAGCGAGAUCAGAGGGACGUCAGCUUGAGCUCCCUGCGGAUGCUGAUUGUAGCCGAUGGAGCUAAUCCGUGGUCAGUAUCAUCCUGUGACGCAUUCCUCAAUGUCUUUCAGUCCAGAGGGUUGAGACCCGAGGUUAUCUGCCCCUGUGCCAGCUCCUCUGAGGCGCUCACUGUUGCCAUCCGCAGGCCCCCUGACUCUGGUGGCCCUCCCCCGGGCAAAACUGUUCUAUCCAUGAACGGCCUCAGCUAUGGCGUGAUCCGAGUGGACACAGAAGAAAAGUUGUCUGUGUUAACCGUUCAGGAUGUUGGCCAGGUCAUGCCUGGAGCCAGUGUGUGUGUGGUGAAGGUGGAAGGCACUCCUUAUCUCUGCAGAACAGACGAAGUGGGAGAAGUGUGUGUCCACUCUGGAGCCACUGGGGCUGCCUAUUACGGCCUGCUCGGGAUCACCAAGAAUGUGUUUGAGACGAUUCCAGUCACAGCAGGAGGUGUGCCCAUUUCUGACCGGCCUUUCACACGGACAGGAUUGCUGGGCUUCAUUGGGCCAGACCAGCUGGUGUUUGUCGUGGGCAAGCUGGACGGGCUGAUGGUGGUCGGCCUUCGCAGACACAAUGCAGAUGACGUGGUGGCCACCGCUUUGGCAGUAGAACCGAUGAAGUUCGUCUACAGAGGAAGAAUAGCCGUGUUCUCAGUGACUGUCUUGCAUGAUGACCGCAUCGUGCUGGUGGCGGAGCAGCGUCCAGAUGCGUCAGAGGAGGACAGUUUUCAGUGGAUGAGCCGUGUCCUGCAGGCAAUAGACAGUAUCCAUCAGGUUGGCGUGUACUGUCUCGCCCUGGUCCCCGCCAACACUUUGCCCAAAGCUCCACUCGGAGGAAUCCACAUCUCUGAAACCAAGCAGCGCUUUCUCGAGGGCGCUCUGCAUCCCUGCAAUGUCCUCAUGUGCCCUCACACGUGUGUCACCAACCUUCCCAAGCCUCGCCAGAAGCAGCCAGAAGUCGGGCCUGCCUCCAUGAUCGUUGGGAACCUCGUGGCUGGGAAGAGAAUAGCACAGGCCUCAGGGAGAGACAUCACGCAGCUGGAGGACAACGACCAGGCAAGAAAGUUUUUGUACCUGGCGGAUGUGUUGCAGUGGAGGGCCCAGACCACCCCAGACCACCCUCUGUUCCUGCUGCUGAAUGCCAAGGGCACCGUCACCAGCACUGCCACCUGUGUCCAGCUGCAUAAGAAGGCCGAGAGAGUAGCCGCUGCCCUGAGUGAGAGGGGCCGGCUGAGCGUUGGCGACCAUGUGGCUUUAGUUUACCCCCCAGGUGUGGACCUCAUCGCUACCUUCUACGGCUGUCUGUACGCUGGAUGCGUUCCCAUCACGGUGCGCCCCCCUCACCCCCAGAAUCUCGCCACCACUCUGCCCACUGUCAAGAUGAUUGUCGAAGUCAGCAAGUCCACGUGCAUUCUGACAACCCAAGCAAUAAUGAAGCUGCUAAAGUCCAAGGAAGCGGGCACUGCUGUGGAUGUGAAGACGUGGCCAACCAUCUUAGACACAGAUGACCUCCCAAAGAAGAGGGUAGUGAGUGUUUUCCGGCCUCCCUCCCCCGACAUGCUGGCUUACUUAGACUUCAGCGUUUCCACCACAGGCAUAUUAGCAGGAGUCAAGAUGUCGCAUGCGGCCACAAGUGCCUUAUGCCGGUCGAUCAAGCUUCAGUGUGAGCUGUACCCAUCCCGGCAGAUCGCCGUCUGCCUGGACCCCUACUGCGGCCUGGGCUUCGCCCUCUGGUGCUUGUGCAGUGUCUAUUCAGGACACCAGUCCCUGCUGGUCCCUCCACUUGAACUUGAAAACAACGUGUCCUUGUGGCUGUCAGCCGUGAGCCAGUACCGAGUCCGCGUCACCUUCUGCUCUUACUCUGUCAUGGAAAUGUGCACCAAAGGGCUGGGGACACAAACAGAUCUCCUCAGGGCAAAAAGCGUAAACCUGUCCUGCGUGCGCACGUGUAUGGUGGUUGCGGAAGAGAGACCACGGAUUGCGUUAACACAGUCCUUCUCCAAGCUGUUCAAAGACCUGGGCCUCUCUGCCCGGGCCGUGAGCACCACAUUCGGAUGCAGAGUGAAUGUAGCCAUUUGCUUACAGGGCACUGCCGGCCCCGACCCCACCACAGUGUACGUCGACAUGCGGGCACUGCGCCACGACAGGGUACGACUGGUAGAACGGGGCUCUCCACAUAGUUUACCAUUGAUGGAGUCUGGAAAGAUUCUUCCUGGUGUCAAAGUCAUCAUCGCUCACACAGAAACGAAGGGCCCCCUUGGUGACUCCCACCUGGGUGAGAUUUGGGUGAGCAGUCCACACAACGCCACAGGCUAUUACACGGUCUAUGGGGAGGAGUCUCUGCAUGCUGACCACUUCAGUGCUCGGCUCAGUUUUGGAGACACCCAGACUAUCUGGGCCAGGACAGGCUACCUGGGGUUUCUCCGAAGAACGGAUCUCACUGAUGCCAGUGGAGAAAGGCACGAUGCUCUGUAUGUGGUCGGCUCUCUGGAUGAAACCCUGGAGCUGAGAGGUAUGAGGUACCAUCCGAUCGACAUCGAGACCUCCGUGAUCAGAGCCCACAAGAGCAUUGCCGAGUGUGCCGUGUUUACAUGGACCAACCUGCUGGUGGUGGUAGUGGAACUGGAAGGCCCUGAGCAGGAAGCCCUGGACUUGGUGGCGCUGGUGACCAAUGUGGUUCUCGAGGAACACUUCCUCAUCGUGGGCGUGGUGGUCAUCGUGGACCCGGGCGUCAUCCCCAUCAAUUCUCGGGGCGAGAAGCAGCGUAUGCACUUGCGGGAUGGAUUCCUGGCCGACCAGCUGGACCCUAUUUACGUGGCCUAUAACAUGUGAAAGCAGGGCCCAGAUGCCCUAGCACUGAGA